CUCCAUCCUACGUUCGAGGUCUUACCGGCCAUGACCAGCGCGACAGGCGCCCACAUUUCUCCCCGGCUCGAAGCCUGUCGCGACUCGCUAUGCUAGCGAAAGCCCCGACCGAGAAUACCCAAUGAUCUAUCCAAGUGGUUCCGUCUCGCGCCUCUCUCGACCCUCCCGACACGAGCCAUGAUGUUAUCGGACUGGGAUAGUAGCACCAACCCGUCGGCACUGUCGCCAUGUACAGCCAACACAAGAUCAUGAGGAGGCUACUUGGCCGACAGAAUCCUGAUCCUAAUUCUCACGAUGGCUCCAUCGGCGUCACAAGCUCGCCCAUGAUCCCGACCCUGCGCCCGAGCGCCUCCCAAGAUGCCGUGUACCCCUCUGCCGCCCCGGUAGCCUGCCUCGACCGCUCCGCCGACGGUCGCACUGCCGUCUUGGGCGGCCGCCACAUUCUCAAGACUAUACGAUUCGAUGGACUGCAAAUCAAGGAAGGGAUCGAUGUCCGCUCCAUCAUCACUGCCCAACCCGCGAAUAAGAGCAAUGCCAGCAGCGUCACGGCGGACCAGCUAUCGAUCAAGGAUGCGCGCUUAUCAUCCCACCAUGGCAGCGACCUUACUAUAUUCACCGCUUGCGCGAACGGCAAGAUAUUCAUGUACGAUAUGAGUCGCUUGGGGUCGGGGUCCGGCGUCGAGUUCAUCCAGAGCAGAGAAGAUUCCAGACAGAUCAACAAGCUGGACUUCAACCCCCACCGGGGAACGUACUUGCUAUCGGGAAGCCAAGAUGGCACGGUGCGCUGUUUUGACGUGAAAGCCCGCGAUGCUGAGCGGAGCGGCCCGACUUUCCGGGUAUUCCAGUCUUAUCGCUGCAACGCCGACGGAGUCAGUGAUGUGAAGUGGGCACCUAAGGAUGGCAUGAUUUUUGCCUGCGCGACCGACUCCGGCGUCGUCUUAAAGUGGGAUAUGCGCAAGGCCACCGCCCCCCUCCUGAAGAUCAAUGCUCAUGAUACACAAAAGGGAGCCUCUUCUAUCUCCUGGCAUGCCGACGGCGACCAUCUAAUCAGCGCCGGGCUAGAUAGCAAAUGCUACGUCUGGGACUUGUCUAAGGAUGCGGAAAAGAGGCAGAAACCGAAAUGGACCAUCAGCACUCCCGCACCCGUCACCUCCGUUUCGUGGAGGCCGGGUCUCUGGUCGGCUACCGCCCAAGGGCGUCGAGCUGCCCAGAUCGCCGUUUCGUACGACGAUGGCAGCCACGGGAAGAAGAAUGGUAUCAAUUCGGUUCACGUCUGGGAUUUAGCCCGCCCAACGAUGCCGUACAAGGAGAUCGACGUAUUCGAAAGCUCGCCCAGCGCCCUGCUCUGGCACGACCAAGAUCUUCUGUGGACAGCCGGCCCAGAUGGCUUCGCUCAGUGCGACGUGGCGUUCGCCCCCAGGGUCAUGGACCGGCAGCCGCUCUCCAGUCUCGCAUUCUCUCCCCGAGGAGAGGCGCUCAUGGUUCUCGAAGAGAGGAUUCACUCGCCCCGGCCGCGCCCGACGAUAAUGGUACACCAAGGGCUGGCUACUUCUUCGUAUAGCUCUAGUCCCACCGGCCAAAUGCUCAGCAUUAGUCGAAGCGACUCUGAAGAGGACGUGAUAGGCAGUUUUAUUGGCGCGAGACGCCGGCCGGCGGAUAGGCGCCGCGCGGGCAGCCGACCGUCUCAAUCCCUCAGCACAACGCCGCCGUCUUACCACGGCGGGGACGACAAGGUUAUUCCUUUAGACCAAGUCAUGAAAUUAGCCGGUCCAUUCAAGCCGCAGCAGGUCAUGGCAAUCGGCCGAAUCCCGGCGGCUCCGAAGAUAGACAUGUAUCGCCAUCUUUCCCAGCAAUAUCUGGAAAUUCUCGACCAAGAUCUUCCCCGCACUAGCGGAGGGAAGCCGUUUGACGAGCGGGUAAAUGGGAUUAUGGAGCGGUAUGCACGAGCUUCGGAACGCGUCAGCCAAUUUAGGCUAGCACAAACGUGGCGUAUAUUGGCUUAUGCUGUCGGCUUGCUGCUCUCUCGUCGUUCGCAAUACCAUCUUCAGUUGCGAUUAGCCCGCCGUGAUAACCCCAUCAUCCACAUCGACGGGGCUGAUCCCGACCGCAAAGCGAUAUUUUCGCAGGCGGAUAUGUCCCCAGGCCUGAUAAUGAGCGGAGAUGACACGCCGAGGAAGCCGUCCUCUGUGACAUCUCUAGAAGGCCUCCACCACCACCCCGGCAAGUCGCUGCUUGCUGAAGAGAUUGUGAGCGAAUCGAAUGUGCCGACGCCGAUAGCUCGGCCGGUUGGAGAAGAGCUGGGCGGCUACCGGGGACACUUCGACGGGGGAAUACUGACUUCGGUGGAAGAGAUGGAUAGCCUCAACCUACCACCAGCCAUCAUCCCGGAGAAGCCUAGCCCGCGGAAGCGGCUUAAUUCUGCAUCCUUCUCUACCGCCAGCGAGGAUAGUCAGAGAUCGCACACUGAAGGCUACGAUUUUUACGACUUGGAAGAUGCUUCCGAAGGUCUCGUCAAAGCGAUCGAUGUUCCUAUGAAGAGGGAAGUUCCCAUGCCGGUAUCCAGCUUCAGACAGCCGGGGAGCCCAAAUAGACGGCGAAAUCCUGUAGUUAGACACGAUUCCGACGAGAGCUCCACUCAGAUGUUUUCGUUGUCGGAUGCAAAUGGAAAAACUUCGACAGGGGCCGGCUUAUUUGAUGGGACUACACAUCCAAUCCUCGAGAGGGCCGAGAGACGCGGCCAGGAUUCGGAAGAAGAAGAAGCAGAAUACGGGAGUAGGAUUAGGGGAAGGCCGAUCGAUGAGUCUCCGGAGAGUGGAGGAUAUCCGACCCGACUGUUAUUGGAAAGGCAGGACUCCGCCACCACCGAGGACUUCAUGAUAUCCCAAACCACCAAUUACACGACCGACAGCGACCCAUUACAACCAGCAGACGAUUACUCGCCUCGGAAGGAUUCUACCCAAGAGGAGAGCUUUCCUACGAGCUUAGGCCAGAACGGGAUCAACAUAGGUCAUGGGGACGAACCUCAGCCGUUGCAUGUGGCAGAUGCCGAUUUCCUUCCUUGGAUGGACGACCCCCCAUACCCUCAUCCUAUAGCGGGCGAUGGUAAUCCUCAGGCUCCAGUUUCUCCUAUUAAUCCAUACGAGAUAUUGUCACGAGCGUUAGCUUUCGAAGCGAGGAAAUCUACCUUGAAUGCGUCAGCCAUGAUUCUCCUCUUGAAGCCGCUCGUGCCUGACGAUGUGAUCGACUCGUACCAAGCCGCCUCCAUAAUUCGACAACACCAUAGUCGCCUUAUGAACAUGAAGCUGUUCGUCGAGGCCGCGUUACUGCGCAACGUUUGCGUUCGCGGGUGGCCGGAUGGCCUCGGAGACUGGGGCGAGAAUUACACUGCGGUUUUCACCCAAGCUCAACAGCGUGUUUCCGUAGGUUUCAUUUGCACGCAGUGCCACAAGCCCCGCGAGAUCGACCGCUCGGAUGUCAAGGGUCCCGGCGUCUGGAAAUGCGACCGCUGCCGUGCCGUAGUAGCGCCCUGUGCGGUCUGCGGACAUCGAGACGCUACGGCUCAGCCACUUUCGGCAGUACCUAUUUCGGAAGGGAUUGAGACGAUCGCGCGCCCGUCAGAUGAGCCUAUGUUAUCUACGUGGUGGUAUUGUCCCGGCUGCUCCCACGGCGGACACGCAACCUGCCUCCAAGAUUGGCACGCGCCCGUCCCGCCAGUUCCGAAAGCAAGCAAGGAAGGAUUCGCGGCUACAAACCCCUUCGCGUUUCAAGACGACAUGUUCCCGGAGACGAACAGCGACGGCUGUUGUCCCCUCGACGGCUGCGGGCACGCGUGCCUCCCCGGCCGGUGGCGCAACGAGAGCACCGCGGCCCGCACUGAGGAGCUGGGCCGCGUGGUGCGCGAGCAGACGCGCGGCAGCAUCCCGGUCACCGGGAUCCGGAAAAACGGCGGGGGCAAUAAAGAUCGGAACGGCCGGACGGGGAGCGGCAAUAGCAACAUCAAUAGCACGAGCACGUCGAUGGCCUCGACGCCGGUCCGCGGCGACGCCAUCGAGGUGCCGCAGAGCCGGGCGGUCGAGAGCGUGCGGGAGACGCUGUCGGCGCCGGAGCAACUCUUCGGGGCGGGCGCGGGGCUGAGCGGAGCUAGCGGCGGCAGCAGCAACGGCGGCGGCGGCGGAGGCGUCUUGUCGGGUAUCCUGAGCUCGAGCCCCGGACGCAUAGCGGCGGCGGCGGCGGCGGCGGCGAUAGGCGCGACGGCCGGCGGCAGCGGAGGCUCGGAGCGCAGGAAGAGCGUCAAGUUCGCGGGAGCGGCCAACGAGCGGCGAUAGUUUCGGUGGCCCCGCCUCGGGCCCCUCCCGGCGGACGCGGACGCGCGGGCGGACGAAGGCGCCCGUUUCAUUCGUUAACCUUUUUCGC